UGCGGCAGUACCAUGACAGCCUCGACUCCGACGCCGUCACAACAAAGCGAAAUUAAAGUACGCAGCUAUGUCGAGCAAGGAUUCGGAGGAAAAAAAAGUUAAGAAGAGAAGCCACUCGCAGAGCCGAUCCAAGUCCGAAAAAGUCGAAGCCGAGGAGAAAGACGUCAAGAAGAGAAGUCAUUCGAAAAGCAGAUCGAGCCCCGAAAAAUCCAAAUCUUCUUCGAAAAGCAGCGAUGGCAAAACAGUCGGUGAUAAGGAUAAAAGCCGAGACAAGCACGCGUCGAAGUCGUCGUCUUCGAAGCCGGAGAAAACAGCCGCGGUCGAGCCAGUCAUCCGUGACAGAAGCAGAGAGAAGAGUCGACCGCCGAAAAUAUACACGGACGAGGAGAAGAUGAGAUUGAAGCGAGAGAGGCAGGCGAGAGAGGCCAAAAGAGAAUUGGAAAAGAGCUCGAAAUCGGAGAAAAAAGAGCAGCAGCAGCCGCGAAUCGUCGUCGAUAAAAGGGUCGCGAGCGACAGGAAGCCGACAAAAAUUGAAAGCUCGUCUACAAAAGCGAACCUUCUGCCCGAUAAAAAUGUGAUGAUCAAAUCAAAGCAACUUAGAAAGUCCACCUCGAAGUCGAGCGUCGACGAGUCGUCCGGUAGUUCCAAAGCACGAGUGUCCACGAGAGUCAAAUCGGAAAGUUCGAGUAAAAAAAAGUACGACGAGAAACGGGGCCAAAGUUCCGUGUUCGCGCCCCCGGACGCUGCGAGCAAAUUGAAGGAUUCGAUCAAAGCCGCCGCCACCACCAGCAACACCGAGACGAGGAGGAAGAAAAAAGUCGAUGCGAGCGACGAAAAGACGACGACGACGAUUUCGAGGGAGCGCAGAAGAUCCAGGACACUGAGCCCCAGCGAGGUGAGAGUGUUGAAUCAGAACAAUAGUAAUAACAACGCCGUCAAGGUGCAGAAAGAAGCGUCCCCGAAUGCCGCCGCUGCUGCUGCUGCUGCUGCUGCUGCUGCUGGCAGUAUCGUGGAUAAAAAUUCGCGGCACGACGUCGAUCCACCGGCUAAGAACGAAAGCGACAACAGCGAGAUCGAUUUCAAUCAUUUAGAAGAAUACGAGGAUUACGAGUCGGACGUGGACGACUUCACGAUCGCCACGCAAGUGAACGACGACUCGGACGUCAGUCUGCUGAGCUUGGAUCUGGAGCCGAUCAUAUUGAAAACCGAAGAGAAGAGAAAACUCGUGAUGAGCGCGGCGACCGUACGCCGAGAAAGAGAGGACACCAACGACUCCGAGCAUCACGAACUGGCCGAGACGCGCAAGAGGGCGGCGAUGGUCGAGUCGUUGAUGGCGCAUCGAAUGAGGACACCCUCGCCCGAGCCCGAGAUGAUCAAGUUGCUGCCCAGCGACGACGUUUACAGUCCAUCAAAAGAAAAGCAUUCCGGUUUGGAUAUGGCACACAUCUUUUAUGAAAUUACUAAAUUUUAUAAUAUCCGUGAUAAAAUAGCUGUCAUUACCGUGGACAAUGCUACUGAGAAUACGACUUUUAUUUCUGAACUCAGCAAAAUUUUAAAGGAUGAUAAAAUUAAUUUAGAUCUACAAGAUCAACACUUUCGAUGCCUUGCCCAUGUCUUUCAUUUAUCAGCGCAAGACAUUCUAAAAUUGAUGGAUUGUUGUGAAGUUGAAAAGUAUUUAAACGAAGAAAAAAAAGAUUAUGAUGACUUAGACAAUAUACCAGAUGAAGAAAUGGACGAUUUUGAAUAG